AUGUCGUCUUUAUCUCUCUUCACCAUUCAACAAUUCAUCUUUCUCUUUAUCUCCCUCUCUUUUCUCCAUGCACUAAUCUCUCAUUUUCUUCGCCGGCGCUCCAAAUCUCCGGCCAACGGCGGCCCACCAACAUAUCCGAUCAUCGGAUGCCUAAUCUCCUUCUACCAAAACCGCCGCCGUCUUUUAACCUGGUACACCCAACUCCUCAACGAAUCUCCCACACAGACAAUCAUAAUCAGCCGCCUUGGAGCUCGCCGGACCAUCGUCACCGCCAACCCAGAAAACGUUGAGUAUAUUCUUAAAUCCAACUUUGAUAAUUUUCCAAAAGGCAAUCCAUUUACUGAAAUUCUCGGCGAUUUUCUCGGUAUCGGAAUAUUCAACGUUGACGGCGAGCUAUGGCACACUCAGCGUAAGUUAGCCAGUCAUGAAUUCAGCGCAAGAUCGUUAAGAGAUUAUGUUUUGAAAGUGAUUGAAGAUGAUGUUAAUAAUAAACUUCUUCCUGUUUUAUCUUCGGUUGCUGAUGAUUAUGAGAAUGGAAGGAAAAGGAUUGUUGAUUUGCAAGAUCUGUUGAAGAAACUGGCUUUUGAUAUUGUUUGUAAAGUUUCUCUAGGAUUCGAUCCGUCUGUUUCUGAUUCUAGUUCGGGUUUGGCCGGAGCUUUUGAUGCGGCGUCGGCUUAUAGCGCGAUUAGAGGAGCUGAACCGGUGGCGGCUGUUUGGAAGAUGAAGAGGAUGUUUGGGAUUGGAACAGAGAAAAAGCUGAAAGAAGCAGUUGAAGAGAUACAUUCUUGUAUGAAAAAGAUAAUCAAAGAAAAGAAGGAGAAGAUUGAAUUACAGAGUAAUAAUAAUAAUAACAAAGAUGAUCUUCUGCAUAAGAUGAUAAUGGCAGGUAAGGAAGAAGAUGAAUUAAGGGAUAUGGCAAUAAGUUUCGUGAUGGCCGGACGGGACACAACUUCGUCGGCGAUGACAUGGCUGUUCUGGCUUCUUUCAAAUCAUCCAAAAGCAGUGAAUGAAAUUGUAAGAGAAGCUGAACAGUUCAUGGAGAUGAGUUCACAUUACGAUGGGUUGAAAGAGAUGAAGUUCUUAGAAGCUUGUUUAUGCGAAAGCAUGAGACUUUAUCCACCGGUGGCGUGGGAUUCGAAGCAUGCGGCGGUGGAUGAUGUGUUGCCGGAUGGAACGCCGGUGAAUGGUGGGGAUAGGGUGACUUAUACCGCUUAUGGGAUGGGAAGAAUGGUGAGUUUGUGGGGAGAGGAUCGGAUGGAGUUUAAACCGGAGAGGUGGGUGGCGGCGCCGGAAAACGGCGGCGGCGGCGGUGGUGGUGGAUUGAAGAAGGUUAGUGGUUAUAAGUUUCCUGUGUUUCAGGCGGGGCCGAGAAUUUGUCUAGGGAAGGAGAUGGCGUUUCUUCAAAUGAAAUAUGUAAUGGGUUCGAUUUUGAGGAGGUUUGAGAUAAUUGCAGUGAAGAAUGAAGAGGAACCAUUGUUUGUGCCAUUGUUGACAGCUCAUAUGGCUGGUGGUUUGCAGGUUUAUGUGAAGAAGAGAUAAAAAAAAAAA